UUCAGCUUCAGGAACAAAAGAUCAAGGGUAGCCCAAAACCAGAACCUCCAACCGAAGUCAACGCCAGGAACCAAGACGGGGAUCAAACCAAUCCCUUCCGUUUCUCUCUCUCUCUCUCUCCCGAGCCUCCCACGACCAUGUCCGCGCGCCCGCCCCCGCCGCCGCGCCCGCGUCUGUCCCUGCCCCCGCGCUCCACCGGGGAGUCGCUCUUCUCCGGCACCGGCGACGCCAGCCCCGGCCCGCUCACCCUCGCCUCCGCGCUCUUCCCCUCCGACGCCGACGCCGCCGGCGGCGGCGGCGGCAGCGGCAGCGGUGCCUCGUCUGGCGCGGGGGCCACCAGCUUCACCCAGCUCCUCAUCGGCUCCCUCUCGCAACCGCUUCCGCAUCAGCAGCAGCAGCAGCAGCAGGAGAGAGGGAGAGGCGGGGUCGCCAGGGCAGGGCCGGCGCUGUCUGUGGCACCGCCGGCCGGGGCAGCUGUUUUCACCGUGCCUCCCGGCCUCAGCCCCUCCGGCUUUUUCGACUCCCCCGGCCUAAUCUUCUCGCCGGCCAUGGGGGGUUUCGGCAUGUCGCAUCAACAGGCUCUUGCCCAAGUCACAGCCCAAGCAAGCCAUUCUCCACUCAGAAUGUUUGAUCACACUGAACAGCCAUCGUUUUCAGCAGCUGCAACGUCAUCUGGAGCUCUACAGAAUAUGAGCUCUGCAGCCAAUGUGGCUGAGAUGUCAGAGAUGGCGACAACCAUAUCGAACAAUGAGCAUGCAGCCUUCCAAUCUGCUGAGGCUUCUCACAGGUACCAAGUUCCUGCCCCAGUUGAUAAACCUGCUGAUGAUGGCUAUAAUUGGCGGAAGUAUGGUCAGAAGGUGGUGAAGGGCAGUGAUUGCCCAAGGAGCUACUACAAAUGUACUCAUCCCAGUUGUCCUGUGAAGAAAAAAGUAGAGCACGCAGAAGAUGGCCAAAUAUCUGAAAUAAUAUAUAAGGGAAAACACAAUCACCAACGUCCACCAAAUAAACGGGCAAAAGAUGGCAGCUCUUCAGCAGCCGAGCAAAAUGAACAAUCCAAUGACACAGCAUCUGGUUUGUCAGGUGUUAGGAGAGAUCAGGAAGCUGUAUAUGGAAUGUCUGAGCAAUUAUCUGGUCUAAGUGAUGGAGAUGAUAAGGAUGAUGGUGAAUCUCGGCCAAAUGAAGUUGAUGAUAGAGAGAAUGACUGCAAAAGAAGGAAUAUACAAAUUUCUUCACAGAAGGCCCUGACAGAGUCUAAGAUCAUUGUACAAACAACCAGUGAGGUUGACCUUUUGGAUGAUGGUUAUAGAUGGCGCAAGUAUGGGCAGAAGGUGGUCAAAGGAAAUCCUCAUCCAAGGAGUUACUACAAGUGCACGUUUGCUGGGUGCAAUGUUAGGAAGCACAUUGAGAGGGCCUCAUCAGACCCAAAGGCUGUCAUCACAACUUAUGAAGGAAAACAUAACCAUGAACCACCGGUCGGUAGAGGCAGCAACCAGAAUGGAGGAAAUUCCAACCGGUCACAACAGAAAGGGUCGAAUAGCAUGUCUAGCAAUCAAGCUUCGCAUACAAGAACAGACCUCGGCAAUGUUAACCAGGGGCAGAUCGGGGUCUUGCAGUUUAAAAGGGAAGAAUAGACUCUGGACCCUCGCUACUGGUUUGUCGCGGCGACUUCAUUCUGUCAAAGGAUUGCAUGAAUUCAUAUCGCUCCAAACAUUAAUGCUGUCAAAUACUACAACGGUAGCAUCAUUUGCAGUUUUUCCCAGACACACGGAAUUUCAAUUUCUCAUAGGACACAGCAAAAAACGGAAUUGCCAAAAUUGACGCAAAUGCAGUAUAAUACAUACCAGCUAGUUAAUACUUGUUUAUGAUUUGUAGAUGGGUCAGUUGUAUACAUGCUCGCUUUGUAACUUUAUAUAUUCCCCAACAUGUUCUUGUUUGUAUUUGUAAUAAGAUUAAAAAGGAGAAGUGAAUGUACAGAUAUGCUUUCUUGUAUUCUAUAUAUGUUUGUUGUAAUAAAAUAAAAAGUUAUUUCAGGCUCA